AUGCUAAAUAGAACGUUCACGGCCUUCUGGCUAUUUGGUCUCAUCAACAAUGUGCUAUACGUGGUGAUCCUGUCCGCAGCGGUAGAUCUGGUAGGACCGCUGGUUCCUAAAGCCACUGUGCUGUUAGCAGAUGUAUUGCCGUCUUUCUCACUCAAACUGACAGCCCCGUUUUUCAUCCAUAUUAUUCCAUAUUCAUACCGGAUUUUUGUUCUUAUUGGACUGAGCAUGCUGGGAAUGGUAAUUGUGGCAUUUGCAACAGAAACAAGCUGGAUCCUUUUCGGAAUCGUGUUAGCCAGCUCUAGCUCUGGGCUGGGAGAGUUGACAUUCCUGCAAUUGACGCAUUACUAUGGCGACAUUUCGUUGAGUGGAUUUUCUUCUGGAACAGGUGGCGCUGGACUCGUGGGGAGUUUCGUCUUUUUGGUACUCACUACCUGGAUGCACAUAAGCGUUAAGACAACCCUGGUGCUAUUCAGUGCGGUCCCCCUGGUAUUCUUCUUCAGCUUCUUCUGGCUGCUACCAGAUCCAGAAACUGUAUUUCUAAGAUCGCGGCAGAAUGGCGAUUUUCAACUGGAAGAGGGUUAUUCUGGUGAGACAAGCACCCUCAAUUUUUCACUAAGCGGCCUUCGUUUCGAUUUAGACACUCUGGAGAAGGUAAGAGUUCAUAUGGCUUUAACACUGAGACGACUGCGGCCCCUAGUCUUUCCAUACAUGUUUCCUCUGUGCUCCGUUUACGUUGCGGAAUAUAUUAUCAACCAAGGUGUCUCUCCCACUCUGCUGUUCCCAAUCGAAGAGUUGCCAUUCAAACGAUACAGGGACGUUUAUGUUUCGUAUGGAACGCUUUACCAGGUUGGUGUGUUCAUAUCGCGUUCUUCUGGCCCGUUUGUCAGAAUACGCAAAAUCUACUGGCCUUCGAUUCUACAAGCAGUCAAUUUGGCGGUUUGCAUUCUCCAAUCCAUAUAUUUUUUUAUUCCCAACGUUUACAUAAUGCUUGUGCUCGUUUUCUACGAGGGGCUUCUUGGAGGAGCAUCUUAUGUCAACACCUUUAUGCUCGUGUCGGAACGGACGCCAUUGCAAGAUCGCGAGUUUGCAAUGGGUGCCGUUGGAAUCAGUGAUUCAGCGGGAAUCGUUCUUGCUGCUUCCAUUUCUAUGUGGCUUGAGCCUCGUCUCUGCAACUAUCAGGUCAAUGACGGACGGCCAUGGUGUACUAUGAGUUGA